CUGCCUUGCAAGGUCUGUGGUCGGCUGCCACCAACAUGUAUUACCUGUAGUCCUGCCUUGCAAGGUCUGUGGUCGGCUGCCACCAACAUGUAUUACCUGUAGUCCUGCCUUGCAAGGUCUGUGGUCGGCUGUUACCAACAUGUAUUACCUGUAGUCCUACCUUGCAAGAUCUGUGGUCGGCUGCUACCAACAUGUAUUACCUGUAGUCCUGCCUUGCAAGGUCUGUGGUCGGCUGCUACCAACAUGUAUUACCUGUAGUCAUCGCCGCUCAUUCCUCAUAAGUGGAAACAGCGUCUUGAUGUGCUGAUACUCUGAAACCAGAUCUAUCUCCGGAAGUUUGGACUCUUAUUUUUUGGUGAAUGCAUCUGAUUGCAUCCUCGUGACUGUUUUGCACGUAGUGAAUAGCCAGCAUGCCUUCUUGUUUUCCUUUCAUUUCAGUGUUGUGGUGAAUCCAGAGCUCUUCUCUUGGCUUUUCAAUGCACAGCUGCAGUGUCUUGGCGUUCUAAGGCUACGCCACGCUUAGCAGUGGCAUGCUACACACCGCUUUGGUGAACCUUGGGACUCCUUCUCUUUUGACUCUUCCAUCUGUGUUGUUAGUGGUAACAUCCAUCCUGAGGACCGUCUGGCUCAACCUGCUCCGACUGGCUGCUGUGCCUUCAACACAGACUUCCCCCCACAUUGGACCCAUCGCCCUAACUGCUCCACAGAGGACGUCCUCUCCUCUGCACUCCACCUGAGCUUAGAACAUCUGGAAAGAAAGGACACACAGGUAUGGAUCUUGUUUCUGGACUGCAGCUCGGCGUUCAACACCAGCAUCCUGCAGCACUUUGGUGAGCAAACUUUGGAUUCAGUACCCCCCCUUUUGCGACUGGCUGCUGGACUUCCUUCCAGACAGACCCAAGUCUGUGAGAGUGGACCACAACACCUCCAGUGCCAGAUCCCUGAGCACCGGCUCCCCCCAGGGCUGUGUCCUGAGUCCAUAUAUAUAUAUAUAUAUAUAUAUAUGUGUAUAUAUAUAUAUAUGAUAUAAGAAAUACUUGAAUUUCUGUGUUUAUUUAAUUACACAUAUUACCACACAUAACACUCAUAUACUCAUUGUUGAGUUAAGGGUUGAAUUGUCCAUCCUUGUUCUAUUCUCAGUCACUAUUUUUCAAACCCUAUGCAUGUACAGCAGAUGGCAAUAUUGUCCUGUUUGAGAGUGUCACAACAUUGCUGUUUACGGCAGACAAACUGCUUUAUGGUAGAAGAAAACGUGACUGCUGUUGUUGUGUGUUGUUACCGCGCUGGGAGGACGUUAAUGAACCUGCCUAACAAUAAACCCACAUAAGAAACCAAGAACUGGCCGUCCAUCAUUCUACAGUUAUAACUUCAUUGGGCAGACACGCUGUUUAUAUUGUGGGAAAGCGGAGGUGAAAACAGGCUGUCCUCACUCAGGUCUGCAUGGAGCUGGAGGGGGCGUGGCCUCCAGCUCCGCCUGAAUUUCGGGAUAAAAUUUGUCCUGGGAAGUUUUUGGGAGAGGCGCUGAGUUUCGGGAGUCAACCGGAAUAUCUGGGAGUGUUGGCAAGUAUGCUUAACCAUGAGAUGUUCCAAAACGAAGUAAUACAAUAAAAUAGGUUGUAAUAUUUAUUUAUUUAUUUGUUUGUUUAUGCUUUGUAUGUGAUUGUGGUUCCUGUAUGUUUUGAUCAUUUUCAUGGUCCAAAUGGCAGAAAUUCCGUGUUUCUUGAUCAAAACAAUACAGCAGACGAGAAGUGAGGCAGACACAGGCGGUGCCUCCACGGCCACACACUCUGUGUAUUGGGCGUGUGCAUGCUUGUUGCCUUGUGGAAAAGGCAGGUCUUGAGGCAGCAAGUACCUCUGCCUCAGGGUAGGGGGCAAUAUAUUGUCAAGUUGCAGUUGAAUGCCUCAGCAGUCCUCUGACUCGCCACACUGGCAGACGUGGGGGCGCUCAAGCUAGCAGACACCGGAAGACAGCUUUUUAUUCUUUUUAACUGUAUUUAUAACACAUAUGGUAUUUUUAUUAGAGUUGUGGAUGUUUUUGUCAGAGGCAAAAAUGAAAUUGAAUGAAAUGAAUGUGUCUGCCAAUAUGGAGGAUUAUAUACUGUAUCCAAGAUGAAGUACUUGCCAAUAUGGAGGAUUAUGUACUGUAUCCAAGAUGAAGUACUUGCCAAUAUGGAGGAUUAUGUACUGUAUCCAAGAUGAAGUACUUGCCAAUAUGGAGGAUUAUGUACUGUAUCCAAGAUGAAGUACUUGCCAAUAUGGAGGAUUAUGUACUGUAUCCAAGAUGAAGUACUUGCCAAUAUGGAUGAUCAUGUACUGUAUCCAAGAUGAAGUACUUGCCAAUAUGGAGGAUUAUGUACUGUAUCCAAGAUGAAGUACUUGCCAAUAUGGAGGAUUAUAUACUGUAUCCAAGAUGAAGUACUUGCCAAUAUGGAGGAUUAUGUACUGUAUCCAAGAUGAAGUACUUGCCAAUAUGGAGGAUUAUGUACUGUAUCCAAGAUGAAGUACUUGCCAAUAUGGAGGAUUAUGUACUGUAUCCAAGAUGAAAUACUUGCCAAUAUGGAGGAUUAUGUACUGUAUCCAAGAUGAAGUACUUGCCAAUAUGGAGGAUUAUGUACUGUAUCCAAGAUGAAGUACUUGCCAAUAUGGAGGAUUAUGUACUGUAUCCAAGAUGAAGUACUUGCCAAUAUGGAGGAUUAUAUACUGUAUCCAAGAUGAAAUACUUGCCAAUAUGGAGGAUUAUGUACUGUAUCCAAGAUGAAGUACUUCUCUAAACUGGACUUUCAGACAAAAUGGAAGUAUGUUUUCAUGGAGGUUCCAGUAGUUCUUGCUGCUUCACAUUCAAACACAGAAAGGUAAAAUACACUCACAAUACUUCAUUUAUUUUCUUCAAAGCAAAUGGGACCAAAAAGUAUUUAAUAACAACUUUAUCAAAUACUUUUUGGAGCCUUUUAUCAUAUCAUAAUAUUAUGAUAAAGUUUUUAUGAAAGUGAAUAACUCCCUUUUUUCCUGUAACUGUGAGAGAGAGAGAGAGAGAGAGAGAGAGAGAGAGAGAGAGAGAGAGAGAGAGAGACGCGUGGUCUCUGCCUGUCCCGCCCCCUGCUACACACACGUGUGUGUGUGUGUGUGUGUGUGUGUGUGUGUGUGUGUGAGUGAGGACGAUGUGUGUGUGAGUGAGGCCAUCAGACUUGUGAAGGAUGAUGUCGGGCGAACACGUGCUGGUGACGCUGCUGAUUCUCCCGGGCUUCUUCUCCAACUGUGUCUUCCUGGCGCUCUAUGACUCUCUCACACUCAUCUCUGCGCUGCUGGGGCUCCUCCCACACGCUCCCUGGACCUGGACCUGGACCUGGACCUGGACCUGGACCUGGACCUGGACCUGGGAGGACUGGGAGUGGGAGUGGCGCCGCAUGCUGACCACCGCUGGGCUGCGUGCCACCUGGAACAGUUUCCUGCUGGACGCCUACAAGCAGGUCAAACUUGGCUGUGAGGCCCCCAACUCCAAAGUGGUGAAGGUGCCGGAGAGUCUUCCAGUGCGCCACAAGGUCAGCGCCAUACCUUUUGAGCAGACCGACGCUACGGUCCGAACCUGGGACGAAUACCGCCUCCUGGAUUUCGAGUCAUCUGAUCGCCCUCUGGUGCUCAACUUUGGCUCGGCCACCUGACCGCCCUUCGUCAGCCACUUGCCGGCUUUCCGGCGGCUGGUGGAAGACUUCAGCGACGUCGCCGAUUUCCUCUUGGUGUACAUCGACGAGGCUCAUCCGUCCGACGGCUGGGUAGCUCCGCCUAUGGGCUCCUACUCCUUCAACGUGCGGAAGCAUCGAAGUUUAGAGGAGAGGCUGGGGGCGGCGCGGGAGCUCAUGGACCACUUCUCCCUCCCCCCGCAGCUGCAGCUGGUGGCCGACUGCAUGGACAACAACGCCAACGUGGCCUACGGCGUGUCCAACGAACGGUGGAACCCGUUCAGGUCAGAGUUCUCCCAAAGGGACAUUUUCCAGUCUGCUCGCGUCAUCUUCCAGAUGUCAAAGAUUCCUGGUUUUUUGGUAAUUCUGUCAACAACCUUCCAAACAAAGAAAGGUGGGGACACAACUGAUGCUUACCUUCAAGGCUUCGGCCUGGGACUAAAUGUGUGCUUCAGCCCUUCUUUCCAACACAACAUUUACAUUUUGCCUGAACAGAGGAAAACAUGUCAAUUGUCAUUGGUUGGAAAAAAGUCCGGAGUCCAUUUGCUGGCACUGGCUGUGUUCACUUGUAUGGAUGUCAACUGAAACGGGUUCCACCGUGUUAAGAUUCCCAUUCCAGUGCUCCAAAGGUCUCAACUGACUUGAUACCCAACUUGUCCCCUGGUUUUAUAGUCCACCCGCCUACUACCUAUCUCUCCCUACAUGACGUGCUCCACAUUGUGGUGUUGUAGCAUGAAUACUAGUAAAGCCAGGUGCAGGCACAUGCUAACCCGACUCUCGCCAGACCCUUGAAGUCGACCCAGCUCCACACAAGGAUCUGGCUCCAAGGUUUGCCCUCCCAUCAGAACUUAGUCCUCCAAAGAACUGUUGGGUUUGGCAUAGAAUUGACUACAAUUAUGCCUCCCAAUGUCAUCUUUUACUCUCCUAAUAUAUUUAUUUUAUUUGUGUAAUAUUACUAUCUUUUUAAUGUUCUUAUUUAAUGAUAACUUUAGUUACUUAGCAAAGUGUCCCACGUGUGAUGAGUGUUGUCGUGCAUAUUUCUACCUGCUGUUGGGAGUUUAUGACACUAGCGUCCUUAGCAUUAGCCUACAUGCUAACACCUUUACCAGUGUCUGCGUUGGUAUCAUUAACUGGAAAUGGCAUUCUUUUUCUAUUCUUUUACUUCCACAUAUGUCAUUAUCCUUUGAUGAUACAUUUUUGUAUCAUUAUCGCGAGUCUUGUAUCAUUAUUGUAUCAUUAUCGCUAGUCUUGUAUCGUUACUGUAUCAUUGCUAGUCUUGUAUCGUUAUUGUAUCAGUAUCCCUUGUCUUGUAUCAUUAUUGUAUCGUUAUCGCUAGUCUUGUAUCAUUAUCGCUAGUCUUGUAUCGUUAUUGUAUCAUUGCUAGUCUUGUAUCGUUAUUGUAUCAUUAUUGCUAGUCUUGUAUCAUUAUUGUAUCAUUGUCGCUAGUCUUGUAUCAUUAUUGUAUUGUUAUCCCUUGUCUUGUAUCAUUAUUGUAUCGUUAUCACUCGUCUUGUAUUAUUACUGUAUCGUAAUUGCUAGUCUUGUAUCAUUAUUGUAUUGUAAUCGCUAGUCUUGUAUCAUUAUUGUAUCGUUAUCGCUAGUCUUGUAUCAUUAUUGUAUCUUUGUCGCUAGUCUUGUAUCAUUAUUGUAUCGUUAUCCCUUGUCUUGUAUCAUUAUUUUAUCGUUAUCGCUAGUCUUGUAUCAUUAUUGUAUUGCCAGCUCAGUUUUUACCUUGUUGUAAUUUUGAUGAAUAAAUGAUUGAUAUUUGAUAUCAUAAAAAAAUUA